AUGAAAGCUUUACAGGAGUAUUUAGCCACUAAAUUUGAAAUGAAGGAUCUUGGGAAACUUAUAUAUUUUUUGGGAAUUGAGGUAGUAAGAUCGAAACAUGGAGUUUUUCUUUCACAACAAAAAUAUGUGUUAGAUCUUCUAACCAAAACCGGAAUGCUUGGUUGUAAACCAGCAGAGACACCCAUAGAAAUGAAUCAUAAGCUCGAAAUUCUCCCCUAUCAAAACCCAACAGACAAGGGUUGUUAUCAGCAAUUAGUUGGAAGAUUAAUCUGCUUAUCACAUACAAGGCCAGAUAUAGCAUAUGCGGUGAGUGUUGUGAGCCAUUUCAUGCAUGCACCAAGUGAAGCACAUAUAGAAGCGGUCUAUCAAAUCUUAAGAUGCUUAAAGAGUGCUCGAGGAAAAAGUUUGUUGUUCUCAAAAAAUGGUAUCUCUAACAUUGAAGGAUACACAGAUUCUGAUUGGGCUGGUGAUCCGACAACCAAAAGGCACACAUCUGGCUACUUUACUCUUGUGGAAGGUAAUCUUGUCACUUGGAAAAGCAAGAAGCAUAAGGUAGUAGCAAGAUCAAGUGCUGAAGCCAAAUUUCGAGGUAUGGCUCAUGGUGUAUGUGAAUUGAUAUGGAUAAGGAAUAUACUGAGGGACUUAGGGAUUGACUACGCAAAACCUAUGAAUCUUCACUGUGAUAAUAAGGUAGCCAUUGAGAUUGCACAAAAUCUUGUUCAACAUGAUCGCAUUACAUGUUGA